UCCGGUCCGCCUUCCACUCAUCAUCAUCACCACUGGGGCUAUCCACCGCCGCCGCAUCCCUCUUAUCAGCCGCAGCAUUCUGACGCACCGCGCCAUCAUCACGAUCCGCGUCCACCUCACGAUCUCAGGCAUCCGGCCACCACUACUACCAGCACCGCCGAUCUCAGACACGAGAUGCACAGGUCGGAUCCGAGGCAUCCUUCCGCCGCAUCGGAGAUGCAGCAACGACACCAGCCACCGGAAUUGCACAGGCCCGAGAUGGUGCGACAUCACCAGGAUUUGUCGGCAAUGAGGCCAGACAUGGGCAGCGAAAUCAGAUCUAGUCACGAGUUCCCCGAUCUUAAGAUCGACGUCGUGGACAUAAGGAGUCAGGAGAGCGGACAGCAGCAGCAACAGCAGCAACAGCAACAGCAACAACAACAACAACAACAACAACAACAACAAACGUCGCAACAGAGAAACUUGAAGAGAGCUAUGAGCGAUUCCGAUUGCGACGACGUGUUUUCCGAGGAGAGCGGCAAAGAACCUUGUAAUUCGCCGGGAGGCGAUUCCUGUCAGCACGCGUCGCGAAAGCGAAGAAGAGGAAUGAUAGAGAAGAAACGCCGCGACAGAAUAAACGCGUCGCUCGGCGAGCUGCGGAGAUUAGUGCCGGCAGCAGCGAGAGAUCCUCACAGCGGCAAAUUAGAGAAAGCGGAGAUCUUGCAGCUCACCGUCGAACAUUUGCGGUCGCUUCGAAACAAAGGUCCGGAAGGAUACGACAGUACGAAGCUGGCGAUGGAUUACCACGCGGUCGGCUGGGGCGAAUGCGCGGCCGAAGUCGGUCGCUACUUGGUCACGAUGGAAGGCCUCGACGAGAGGGAUCCUCUGAGGUUACGAUUGCUCUCCCAUCUGCAAAGUUUUCACCGCGAUCAUCCUCCGUCCGCUGUACCCUCGUCCGUGCCCCCGGCGACGAGUCUGACGUCGUCUUCGACGAGCAGCAGCUACGAGCCGGCGGCGAGCUCGGUUCCCCCUGGAAUGCCACCUGGAACGGGUACUAUGCCACCUCUUCUGGGUGGUAGCGCGCUCGGAUGGGGCCAGUAUCCCGGCCAGUAUCCCCAGCAGCAACACGGUAAACCUUAUAGACCGUGGGGUGCCGAACUGGCCUACUGAAACGCGGCCCAUCCUUAGGCGAGUUUCGCCACUUUCUGCGACUUCUUAUCAUCUCGUCUCGUUUUCGAACGAACGUAGAACUCUCUCCUGAUUUCGUAUUCCUCUCCUCGGGGAAUUCUCUU